AUCUAUUUAUGACAUGAUAUGUAGUUAAUAAUUAGUACACUAAAUGAUGAAAAUGUUUAGAUCUGCAAAGUUUUCUAUUAUUAUGUAUUAUGUGAUAAAUUGUUGUCUAAUUGAGCUAAUCAGCUGCCAACCAAUGAAUGACUUUACCAUCGAUGACAACCAAACUGUCCAACAAUACGAUAUGGACAUCAAAAAAUUGUUGGCUAAUUUAACUGAACUCGAGUUCAAACAAAUCAAUUUUGAUAAACUUUUUAACUCAACUAAUGUUAACAUUUGUGAUUCAAUUGACUGCAACGCCAACAUUGCAUUUUGUGAGCUCAACCACUGUCCAGGUCUUGACAAAGCCCAAAAUCUACAUUACGUGAUUACCUGUCUUAUAGUUGCCGGUGUAGCCGUCCUAUUGUUGGCCACACUGUACGCGUGUCAUAAAGAAAACAAACGAUCAGAGCAUUGGCGCAAUGCAUUCAACAGAAGUGAAGAUCAUGUAAUGGCCUUAAGAUUAUUGCAGACAAUCACUCAGAAUAGGAUACCACCAGUUAAUCCCAAUAAUAUGCAUCAAGAGAUGAUGCCAUUGACUACUUCGAGGACAUCUGGUAUUCCUCCUGUACCUCCACCGCCGCCAUAUGACUAUCGAUAUACACCACCGCCAGACUAUCAGUUCACACGGCAUCAGUCAACACAAACUGUUUGAACAUUACAUCCAUUAUUUGAAAUUGAAUCAAUCAUUUU